AUGAGUCUCCAAUUUACUACUCUCGAUGUUUUCACCACCACCGCCUUUGAGGGCAAUCCUUUGGCAGUGGUGACGAUACCCCCACCAAGCCAACAAGCUCCCCUCACCCAGUCUCAAAAGCAACGCAUCGCCCGCGAAUUCAACCUCUCCGAGACUGUUUUUGUUCAUGAUGUUGAAAAUCGCGAUGAAACAGACGAGAGGAAGAUCGAUAUCUUUACCCCGAAAUUCGAAUUGCCAUUUGCGGGGCAUCCGACUAUCGGCACAGCUCUGUUUCUUCAGCCCCAAGGUGUCAAGACUAUGAUUGCAAAGGCGGGCAGACUCGAUCUCCAGUUCGAAAACGGUUCUGCGCGUGCUUUAAUUCCGCAUGAUGUCAAGCUUCAUAAAGAGCGCUUGCCAAAGCAUGAGAUUGAAGCUGGUUGGGAUGAUAAACUGGCCAAGGUCGCUGCCGCUGAUGAAGGCGCACCGCUGUUUAGCAUUGUCAACGGAAUGACUUUCGCGCUUGUGGAACUCCCAUCUCUGGAGCUACUCGGCGCUGCAAAGGUCGGGGCUAUGACUUACAUCGACGGCAAUUUGCAGGAUGACGGCUGGAAACACGACUUUGACUCUAGGCGCUACUACUACACUCUCCUAGAGGGGGAGACAUCAUCUGACGGAAAGCAUGUACAGAAUCUUCGUACGCGACUUGUCAAGCGCAAUAUGGAGGAUCCGGCGACCGGAAGUGCUGCGUGCGCGUUGUCGUGUUACUUGGCGUUGCACAAGCUUUCUGCGACCUCGAUCAGGUUCAAUAUCACGCAGGGUGUUGAGAUGGGGCGGGAGAGUCUGAUUGUGGUAGAUGUUGAGGUCGAGACGGAUGGAGCUGGGGAGAGAAAGGUAAAGAGUGUUCAUCUUAGUGGAACAGCCGUCGAGGUGAUGAAGGGUACAGUCAGAGUGCCUCAGUGA